AUGGAUUCCACAAUCCAAUAUGAAACCUCUACCCAGCGAGCUCUGGCGAUCCCUGAGAUACUCCGCAUGAUUUUUGACCAGAAAACCGGCUAUGAAGGGAACGCCACUUCGCGCCAUUCCAACCUGCUAAAAUAUGCCCUUGUAAACAGCCUCUGGUUCAGUGAGGCCAUUCCUGUGCUCUGGGCGCGUCCUCAGGCUCCACUAGAUGCGGUAAUGGAAAAGAUCUCACCGGAACGCCGUCAAUUCUACGCGAACUACGUGAUGUGGACGCGAGUCCUGCAGUUUUCCAGCCCUCCUGGAAAGGAGAAGAACUCCUUUUCGGAGAAAGGUCCCCUCCACGGCCUUUUGUUCCCCAAGUUGGUCAGGACUUUUGCGAGUAUCUACACCACGAGUGAUUCGUUUUGUGUUCUUUCGCAAGGGGAAGUUUCCUGGGCUCGUACCAUGUACUUUGAGAGACGUGAGGCCGUGAAUGAGGACGAGAGGAACAUGGAUUCUGUGUUUGGAGUUAUUUCUAACCUGAUGCCCGGUCUUCGACACAUGGCUCUUGCAUACGAUAAGCAUGUGUCUCAUCUUGAAGGAAUGAUUGAGUGUUAUGAGGACAAGCCAGCCUCGGCUUCCAAGGAUCUCCAUUGGUUUGUUCGAGAAGAGCCACCCCAGGAAAAGGAACCCAAAACCGAGGUUGAAAGCAGCCUUCAAGGUAACGCAGAUCGACACAACUGA